AGGCUACUUCGGCAAGUACUUGAACAAGUACAACGGCUCGUACAUCCCGCCCGGUUGGCGCGAAUGGGGAGGGCUCAUCAUGAACUCGAGGUACUACAACUACUCCAUCAACUUCAACGGCGAGCGGAUAAAGCAUGGUGACGACUACCACAAGGACUAUUACCCCGAUCUCAUUGCCAACGACUCGGUCAACUUCCUGCGCGAGUCCCGCCAGUACUUCCCCCGCGAGCCAUUUGGCCUCGUCCUCAGCUUCCCCGCGCCGCACGGCCCCGAGGACUCGGCCCCGCAGUACAAGGACAUGUUCUUCAACGUCUCCACACACCACACGCCGACGUACGACUACGCGCCCAACCCGGACAAGCAGUGGAUCCUGCAGGUGACGGGGAAGAUGAAGCCGAUCCACCGCGAGUUCACGGACCUACUGAUGACCAAGAGGCUGCAGACCCUGCAGAGCGUGGACGUUGCGGUGGAGCGGGUCUACAACGAGCUGGAGGCCAUGGGUGAGCUGGACAACACCUACAUCGUGUACACGUCGGACCAUGGCUACCACCUCGGCCAGUUCGGGCUCGUCAAGGGCAAGUCAUUUCCCUUCGAGUUCGACGUCCGGGUGCCGUUUCUGGUCCGUGGGCCCGGUGUGGAGGCAGGCGCGGUCGUGGACGAGAUCGUGCUGAACAUCGACCUGGCGCCGACGUUCUUGGACAUGGCGGGUGUUGUUGCACCGGCGCAUAUGGACGGCCGGUCGUUCCUUCGCUUGCUGCAGCUGCGCGGGAGCCGAAGGCGCAAACGCCUGCGCUGGCCGGACACCUUUCUCAUCGAGAGCAGCGGGAGGCGUGAAACUCCGGAGUCCGUGACUGAGGCCAGGCACAGGUGGGAGAGUUUCCAACACAAGUCGAUGGGAGGAAACACCAGUCUAAGUUCGCCUUCGUCAAGCACCACAGCAAGACCGACGACUGCUGCGGCUGAUACUAGUCACGAAGAGGACGGAUCCGAGGAGGCGGCCAACACCGACGAGGAGGAGAACGAGGAGGAUCAAGAGGAGGAGGAGAAUGAUAAUGACGAUGACUCAGUGAAUCACAAAACAAAUAACUCAUUAAUGAGAUCGCCUCAAGAGGAGUUUCUAAGCCGUUCCCAGACUGAUUUGCAGCUGGACAACCGAGUUGUACCUGUUCUUCACCCUGCAGAGCACACAACUCCAUCAAAACAUGAACGCUUGGCUUUGGAAUGCAAGCGCCCUGAAAUGCAAACUCCGUGUCGGUUUGGUCAAAAGUGGCAGUGCAUUAUGGAGGGAAACAGGUGGCGCAAGCACAAAUGUAAAUUUGAAGGAUCUCUUCUAUUCCGUUCCUCUCUCUCACGGGACACUAGUGGAGGCAAGAGAUGUGCUUGCUUUACUCCAACAGGCAUACUCUACACAAGAUCUGAACCAGAAGAUAGACACUCUCAGAAAGCUUCAUCCAGGAAAGACAAAGACAGUAAGAAUUUUAAAAUAAGAUUUGGACACCUUGCACAGUCAGAGGAUGUUUUAUCAACUCAUCGCUGGAAACGCAACACAGCAUCAGCCUACAUCAACCCCACCCAAAGUCUUCAUAUCUCACAAGGGCUGGCUGAGCGAUUUCAAUCAAGUUUCACAAGAAUUAAUCGUUCAAAACGACAAACUCUAGAGCCCCUUGAUCAUGUUGUCACCAUUAUGGAGGACAUCAAGAAAGAAAUGCUUAGUUUGGAGCAAGCUUCAGCUAAAUCAAAAACAGAUGAUCUGCUAGUAGAUGAAGACAGAAAUAAGACUGCAGCAACACCAGAUUGCACAGUACAAUCAGCUGGUGGUGUAGAUUGUAAAUAUGCAGAGUACACAGAUCCAAAAGUAUGGAGAGCUCACAGAGAAAAAAUUGAUGAACAGAUACGUAAUCUGCGUGCUCAAUUAGAAGGUCUCAAGGAAAUUCGAAGGCAUUUGAGAGAGAAAAGGCCACAUCUAUCCACUUCUCACAUGGAGGCUAAAGAUGAUAUUGGUAAUGGAGAAAAUUUCAAUGGCAAAUCACAAAGUUCAUGGCAUCUCAAGCAUCACAAUCAUCGCCAGCACCAUGGAGAGAGUCACAAUCAUCGAAGGGGUCGCCCUAGCCAAACUAACAUAAGUACCCACAUCUCCCAGGAUUCAAUUAAUAGUUAUGCUACUGGGAACAGGUCAACUACACUCAGUACAUCAGAUUCCUCUUUGACUCAAAAUUUAAAGCAAAACCAGCCAAUUGAAAGAAAUUUAGAAAAUAGAAAUACUAUGACUAAUGGAUGGGCAACAGAUCCUAACUCUGGACAACCUUGGGCUGUCGGGAUUACUCCAGGGCUAUCCUCUACAAAUCCGAAGAGUAAGACCUUAAAUAAAAGUGGAAUGAAUGCCUCUCCAGGAAGAAUUGAUGUUACAGUAAUACGGCCAGCUGGUGGAAAUAGAAAACCGCUAAUUCCAGUAUAUGAAUCACACGAGCAGCAUACCUGCUAUUGUGAACCUGAUAUGUCCCCAAAACAAAAAGAAAAGGAAGCAGCUCGUCGUGAUCGAUGGAGAGUCAAAGAGGAACGUUUGAGAAAAAAAGAGAGGAAGCUUAAAAGAAAGGCAAAGAUGGAGAAAGAAUGUUUAUCAGAACGCAUGAAUUGCUUUAACCAUGACAAUGAUCAUUGGAGAACGCCACCUUUAUGGACAUCUGGUCCAUUCUGCUUUUGCAUGAAUGCCAAUAAUAAUACAUACUCAUGCAUCAGAACAAUAAAUGUUACCCAUAAUUUCCUUUACUGUGAAUUUGUCACAGGUCUCAUCACUUAUUAUAAUCCAUUUGAACAAUGGAACAGGGUGCAUACUCUUAAUUCCAGCGAGUUAUCUUAUCUUAGAGACCAAUUAGCCCAUUUAAAGGCAUGCAAAGGGAGCCGUCAAUGCACUGUUGGACCAGGUGCUCCUCCUGCUCCUAUCUCCUCUGUUACUGCACCAAUGGCAUCACCUUCUAUCAGCAGAAGCGGUGCCCUUGGUCGAAAUAAUGGAAAAAAGCGGAAACGCCCAGAAAACUCAGAUGAAGAGGUGACCAGCCGCUCUCCCUUUGGCUCUUCAAAUACUGCUUCUAGUUCUGACCAAAAAAAAGCAAAUGGCAACGCCAACCCAAAACUCACAAAGAUUUGGAGUGGAAGAAAACCUUGGGCAUCAAAUGAGCAGUGGCAGUCACAGCAUCGGCGAGGUAGCAAGGGAAGACCAAACAGAAAGCCAUCAUCCCGAACAAAUAGACGUAGGCUGGAGAGUAGCUCACAGGGCACAAGAACUGACUGAAAUUUCUCAGCGGCAUAGAUAUAAGCGGCGCCACCGACAGCAUCAUAGACAGCAAGCCCAGCAGUAGGGUGAUGCUGCAUCAAUAUUGUCUCUCCAGGAGGAAGCUUUCCUAUAGAAAUGCUCAUGUUAUCAGUCCUGGAUAGCACAGUUAAGACUGACUUUUUUCAUCUUUUUAUUAUAUUUUUACUAUUAUUAUUAUUAUAAUGUAUGUAUGUGUGUGUAAAAUACAGAAGUCAUCUUCAUCUUCAUUGCCCUAGUAGAACUGGUUCUUCAAAAACGAAUUAAAUCAGGUUUAGUGGAUAAUUUAGCUAGAAAGUAAUCAAAUUUCAAUGUUCGGUCAACUAUACAUCUACAUUCAUUUUGUGCUUCUUCACUUUCAUGCUGCUGACUGAAAUUCAUAUCAUCACUUUUUUCUCUCUGUACAGACUGUGCAAAAUAUGGAAUGAAAUUUGUGUGAUCUGUGAUCUGUUAGACCCAACGGGCUUGAAAAUUUAUACCACUCUGGCCUACUUACUAACAUGACGAUGUAUUUAGUAAGACGACACAUCCUUCUAAUUUUUCCCCCCAUGAGCUUAGCUUAGACUUCUGAUUCCUUCCUGAAAAGGAAAGCACUGAACUGGGUAAUGUUCCUAUAAACAGAGGCUUCCUCAGAGAUGCUUCAUCCUGUAAGAAACUGUAGUAUUUAAAACAUUGUUUUGUUAUAAAUUAUUUAUGUUCUUUUAAGAGAUAUAUUAGACAUAUGUGAUAAUAAUGGAAUGGUCUGGUCACUCAUUUAAUGUGUUACUUAGGUUAAAAAGGCAAUUGGUCUGCUCUAGAAAAUAUCAUAGUUACACAUAGAUGGCAUGGUUGAUGCCUGUUAGUUGGCUAACGUCCACAUUAGUCAUCUAAAGGGCUUUAACCCUAACAUAGAUUUGAAAUAUGUGUAGUAGACUACCAGCCCUAAAAGAGUAUUUAAAAUUUACUGGCAGUUUCUAGGUAGCAAGAUUCAAAAAUUUAGAGAAAGUUACCUACAAUUGUGUUUUAAACCUUUGAGGAUUUUGGUUUCUUUCCUAUACUAUUGAUUUCAAUCACAGUAGUAGAAAAGGUAAAAUUGCUACAGCACAGCUGUAAAGUAUUGAUUAAAACCAACUUAUUCAAAAAGACAAAGAGCUUUAAGAUAACUGUGAAAAAGAAUUGAAGUAAUUUGAAACAGUGCAUGUAAGUCUUACGGAGAUUAAUUAGCCAUGUUUUAUAUUCCAUAGAGACAAUUAACACGUUGAGUCCCACAUGACCACACGUAUGGACACAAUAAGGAGUGAAUGAUACCCCCCCUGGGACUCAACGUGUUAAAGGCAUAAAUCACCUAAUGACAACAUAAAGAUAAUUUUUGAUGAAAAAACAUCUAUUAUUGUAAUCUAUUAAGUGCUUGCCAUGAAGUACAAAUUUGCUUUGAUUCAGAUUGAAAUCCAUUUAAAAAAAAGCAGCAAUGAAUGCGUGGAUGUACAUAGAAGUUAAUAAUUUAUUAUUAUUAUUUAUUUAAUACUAAACUGCCAUAUAUGUUUCCUAUUCUUCUGUACAGGAGAUAUUUAAGAAAAAUCAAACUGCUUCCCUCCAUUGCAAAUUGUUAAUAAAUAAUUACAAAUCCAA